AUGUCAAGAGCGAGGGAGUUUGAAAAGGCGUGGGAGGACGAGAACCCGCGCAAAGCCUAUGCCUUAACGAAACAGUUCAGCGGCGAAGUGAAAAGAUGUCCUCCAGUCCUCAAAACUGCUAACGGAGUGGCCUAUCCCUACAAUAUGCUUGCUCUCUUCUACCGACAGCCUGCAGAACUGGCUGUCGGUAGACCAGAGCAAGCAUAUUGUAGGGUAGUUGUGAUCACUAAGCCACGCACAUCCAUCACCACACCACUGAGGUUAAGUGCCAUGGUUGAUCAAAAUAAUAACGGCACACUUUUUGGACAUCCCGAUCCGCCGCAGUUAGUUUUUCCAAGCAAAGAGAAUCGCCCGGAUAGUCCUAUUGUUGUGGAUGUUGUGGUUGGUCAAGAUAUCAUCCUGGAAUGCGUAUUUGUUCGAGCGAAAAUCGUUUGGACGAAGGUCGGAAAAUUGUCUUCUCGAAUAUCUCUAACUGACGACGAGGCUCGACUAAGACAAAUUUGGGGAAAUCUCAGAAUACGUCAGGUUUCUCAGGAUGACUCCGGGAUAUACUCUUGUCAUGGUGUCCCCCCAUUUCUAGAAACAUUUCCUAUUAACGAUGGCCACCCGCAAGUGUACUACUCCCUUGUCGUUCACGCGCCCACUAAUGUUCAUCUUGAAGUGAACCAAAAUGUGCGUGACAAAAGCUGGCAGCUCUCCUGUCUAGCAAAGAAUGUGAGAUACGAAAUCCCUAUGGUGUAUGUGAACGGGACUCCUCUGAUUGAUGCAAUCAGUGAAAUGGGCGUGGCGUCCACCACCAAUUUCUACAGUAAUCCUGUCAAUGCCACAAUAAAAAUUAUAGGCAACUACAGUGGAAGUGUGCAGUGCAUAUCUCGUCCAGCUAUGGAUGAAGCGGAGGUGUAUGGGGUAGGUUUGGAGCGAGGGCGAUCUCACAACAUGUAUGUUGUCAGUAGCCCAAGCAAAGACCACCUUAUUAAACAAGGUCCUGUUAAUGUAACGGCAGUUGUUGGCGAGGAUGUGGAAUUGAUAUGCUUAGUCAUGCAACGCGUCAGUUCAAAAUAUUGGUUGAAAGAUGGUUCCUAUGUACCUUUUGGUGCUGCGAGAACACAACGAGUUGGUUCGAAUAGUUUGAAGAUUUAUAAAGUGGAGAAGGAAGAUGAAGGAUGGUACACCUGUGUCGUAGUUGGAGAAGGAUCAGAAAAAAGCGAGCAACAAGCAUACCUCAGCGUCCAUUUUCAUGGUGAAAGGCCAGAAUUGGCUGCACCAGGAGAAUCACAUGUUACUAGAAAGAAGGAUGACGUUGUUACCAUGGAAGAUGUUCAAAGCUUUGUGAGUGGCUCACAUGUUCGUAUUCAGUGGUCUGUUAUUGGGAAAAUGGAAGCGCUUACUUCUAUUGUUGGAUUUAGGAUAGAGUCUCGAAAUGAUGCUAAUGAUUCUUGGACUGCUGCCGACAAUGUUGGUAGUCACGUGCGUGCAACCACGAUCACAGGUCUUGUCCCUAACAACAGAAUCAAACCAUCAAUCAAUCAGAAUCAGAGGAAAUCAUUCUUUACUUCAAAGGCAGUGUAUCUCGAAGUUGACGUGGUGCGGAAACCCCAAGGAAAACGUGGAGUUCGUGUUGUAGAUUACGGAAGCGAGCUUGGCCCCGAAGCAGCAUAUCAGGAUAUUGGCGAUGUUGGAAUCUCUGUGAUCUAUGGUCUCUGUGGUCUUCCUAUUCACCCCAACAUCGAAAAAUGGACAUGCGGCAAUAGAGGAAUUGGUGGAGUUGGUGUCCUCGUCAACACGAGUAUUGCAAAGAACAUCGACUCUUUCGCACAACUUACGACCCGUAUCAGACGUCUGCGGAUGAGAAGAUGUGGUCCAACACCAGCUUUGACUGUCUUCGUCGCUUACGCUCCAACAUCAAGCUAG